UUUCGUCCCAUAAAUAUGAUGUCCCCCGACCCACGUGAGGAUGUCCCACGACACAAGAUGGCGGACGAACCAGCGCAAGUCGCGAGCGCUGAAAACAAACUCCCAUUAACACCGAUAGAAAACGCGAGGAGACAAAAGGUUUGCAGAUUUUAUGCGAAGAAAGGAAAUUGUAGGUUCGGUGAAAAAUGUCGGUUUGUACACAAAGAAAUCAUAAGUAAAGAGGACGAUAAGAGUGAAAGGUCUUCCUGCCCUUCCACAGCAGAAAGUUUACCCACGGCUUCCGAGGGUGAGACUCAGCCAGGCAGCUCUGAUAAACACGAGUGCGCUACAACCGUAAAUGACGCACCUAAAAAGCGACUUCGAAAAAGGUGUCGAUUUUUCUUCAGCCGCUCUGGUUGUAAGCGUAACGACUUAUGCGAAUUUUCGCACGAAAAGAAAUUACCUCAACAGAAUAUUCAGGAAGAGUCGACGAUUCAACCAGAAUCAUUUGAAAAUAAGAAAGUUGAGGGCGAUUUCAGAAAGGAUGGAACAGGGAAAAAGAGGAAUGAAGUGGAACAAGACAAACGUAGUAGACCUGUUGUCCAGAAGCCAGCUUUAACAAGCCAGAAGCUUUCGACUCUUGAUGUGCUGGAAGCAAAGCGAUUACGGAUACAGGAGCUGAAUCACGUUUGUCAACGAUUUGGACAGAAUGAGCUGAGGGUGGUGGAAGAGGAGGGAACAGCUUUCCAUAUUGACUUUCAUCCCUCUGAUCCAGACUGGCCGUUUGAUGUGGAAGCUGUCAGUCUUGUUGUUAAGUUUCCAAAUGAUUACCCCAAAGUGCUAUUUGAGGUAUCAGUCUUUGACAAACAGGACCUCCCUUCACCCCUAAUAAGUUAUAUCAAUGGAGAAUUAGAAAAAUGGCUGGGUGACCAGAGGAAGGCAAGGGAAAAGAAAGACAAUGUUAACCUGCUGUUCAGGCCUUUUUUGCUAUGGUUUGAUAGACACCUUGAAGAGUUGUUCAUAGAUGCUGGAAAACAGAUGAGGGCAGAAGAGGAAGAAAAGAAUAAAUGUCCAUGUUCUGAAGGCCAUGCAGAACCAGCUCAACACACUGAACAUGUGAACAAGCCUCAACAUAACCCCAGACAAGGAAACUCAACACGCAAAGAACGAAAUCAAGAAAGAAGAGAACUGGUACUUGGAGACUUCUUAGCUGUCUCCAAUAAACAACAAAAGAAAAAGGUUUCAAAGGCAAAGCACAAUCAGCUAGCAGACAGGUUAACUAUGGAACAGACAUCUAAGGUCCAAUAUGUAUUAGCAGCUGAUGGAACCAUGGAAACAAGGUAUAAUUUACCAUCACAGUAUAGACCUUCUAUGCUAUGGUCAGAAGAGGAUGAGUACCAACACCAGCAGAGUACUGGGGCAUUGCCGCAGGAGUCCCUGAGGUCGGACAGUGGGCAGGAGUCUGAUGAUGACAAACAGCAAGGCGAUGAGCCUGCAAGGGACCAGUUCAAGCGUCAAGGGACGGAGAUCAGAUUUAAGGCCCUGGAACUCACUGAAAACACUAGCACAAUAGCCGCAACAGCUCUUGCAUUGACAAUGGAGUGUGAGAAAUGCAAGGUUAAAGUUGAUGUCAAAGUAGACAGAGCAAAACCAAUCCUCACACGCUGUUCCAGAUGUACCAACAUCCAGGCCCUCGCCUUUAGGCCCACCAUCAUCCAUCAGUACUCAUCUACGCUUGGGUUCCUAGACACUGAUGGGUGGCAGCCUUUUGACUUGAUGCUUAGUGAGACUGGUCUCCUGGUCGGAUGUCUGAAUUGUUCCAAAGAAAAUGUUAUUAAAGACAUUCACUAUGGUGCAAACUCGGGCUGGUGUAAAAAGUGUCACCAGAAACUCUUCUUCAAGGUGGAGUCAGCAAAGUUCCUCAAGCUGCAGCCAGCUGUAGACCUUCUACCAGAAGCUGCAAAGCAAGCCCUGAUGGUGGAGAAGCCCAAGCGACAACCCAAGACUCCGGGUUUGAAGGAAGGCUUUCCUCUGCCAGAAAAUGGCACUUGCAAGCACUACAAGAAAAGUUAUAGGUGGUUGAGGUUCCCAUGCUGUGGUAAAUGCUACCCUUGUGAUGUCUGCCACGAGGAGAGUGAAAAUCAUGAGAUGGUGUUCGCCUCCCGUAUGGUGUGCGGCUACUGCUCUAAAGAACAGUUCUUCUCUCAGAACCCUUGUGUCGCGUGCAAGUCAUCCAUGACCCGCGCCAAGUCGGCACACUGGGAAGGAGGCAAGGGAUGUCGUGACAAGACAGUGAUGGACAGGGGCGACGAAAAGAAGUACAAGAACCUGACAAAAACAACAUCCCGGAAAGCUGAAAAUAAAAAUCCUAAAACGAAAAAUAAGAAAUAGUAUACAAAAAACACAUACUGCCAUGUUAUUUUAACUAAAAAUAUAUAAAUAACAUUAAAUGCACUGAGUGUCCAAAUAUGUAAAUAACAUUUUGUAUAUUAUAACAGAAAAAAAGAUGAGCAUUUCAAUAAAACUUUGUCAAUGCAA